CCAUUACUGCAACACUUUCGAUAAUUACAAUGGAGUCUCCAAUGAAACUUACCAGCAAGUUCAAUUCUAGUUCCUGUUUACUCAUGGCAAUCGAAAUCUUGCUGAAAGAAGCAGAGAAAGGAUCAAACUUUGUUUUCUCCCCUAUGUCAUUUAACUCUAUGUUGAGCCUGAUUGCUGUAGGAGCAACAGGAUCUACGUUAAACAAUCUACUUUCCUUUCUAGGAUCAGAAAGUAUCGGUGAACUGAAUUCCUUGGCUUCACAAAUUGCUAUUUCAGUAUUAUCUCCAGAAAAUGAAAAUCAUGACCUCGCUAGAGGUCCGAUUGUAUCUUUUGUUAAUGGCGCUUGGGUGGAUCAACGAUUCGCUUUGAAGCCUUCUUUUGAAAAGAUUGUGAAAGAUGUCUACCAUGCCACAGCCGAAAAGGUUGACUUUGCAAAUAAGGCUAACCAAGUGGUUGAUGAAGUUAAUUUUUGGAUCGGAAAUGCAACCAAAGGGCUCAUCAGAAACCUCAUCCAACCAGGGAUUCUAGGCAGUGAUACAGCUCUUGUCCUUGCAAAUGCAUUAUACUUCAAAGGAGCAUGGGAUCAAAAAUUUGAUUCAUCUAAAACUGUAAGCAAAAACUUCCACCUUCUUAAUGGUCGGACCGUUAAAAUUCCUUAUAUGACCGAGAGAUCAUGCUCAAAGCAUUACUAUGGCUCUUUUGAUGAUUACAAAGUUCUGAAGAUGUCAUACCAAAAUGGUCAAGACACCAGGCGAUUCUCCAUGUAUUUCUUUCUCCCAAAUGCAAGAAAUGGAUUGCAAAAUCUAGUAGAUAACUUCAAAGCCAAUCCCAUGAUAUUGAAUAACCCUGUUCAGGUACAGAAGCGAUGGCUUACUCAUUUGUGGCUUCCUAAGUUUAAGUUUUCGUUCGAGUUCGAAGCCUUACAAGCAAUGCAUGAGUUGGGGCACGAGGAACAACUUUUCAAUAACCUGGGACACCUUACCGAGAUGGUAGAUUCUCCACAAUCUCCUGUCAUCUCAAAGUUGUUGCACAAGUCAUUUAUUGAAGUCAAUGAAGAAGGAACAGAAGCUGCAGCUAGCUCUGCUGCUAUAUUUGCAAUGAACUGUGGUGGCAGGCUGGAAUUUCCAAGCUUUGUAGCUGAUCAUCCUUUCCUUUUCACAAUCAAGGAAGAGAAUUCCGGGAUUAUUUUCUUCGUUGGAGCCGUACUUAAUCCUCUUUUGGUCACUUGAACUCUAACUUUUCUUUUUCCCGAUCUAUUUCUCCGUUUCUUGAUGUGACAAUGUCCUGAUGAGAUUUAUGUUUAUGUUUCUCAUUCUGGAUCUGCCAAAACAAACUUGAGGAAAAUGAACCAAAAGAAUUAUAAAUGAUCUUUUUGUCU